AUGAGGAUCUUCGUCUGCUUCGAGGACUCAUGGGAGUCUUUUGACAUCUCUGCAGGUCAGACAGUGGGGUCCUUUAAACAGAUGGUGAAGGAGUCUUUUCUUGUACAACUAACCAAUGGCAACCAAUACCUGGAACUGAACUAUGGCGGUGCAGCGCUCCAAGAUUGUUGGGCUCUGUGUGACGUAGGGGUUAGGAGGGGCAGCACCAUAAAAGCCAACAUUAAGAUUUAUCAGAGACCUUUGGUGUACGUCUUCAAUGUUGUGACAGGAGAAACCUUACCAGUUAUGGAUCCCUCUGAAAUAUGUCAAAAUAUGUCAGUGGCCCAAUUAAAAACGGCAGUUUCUGCACAGAGUGGACUCCCCGUCUGUGCCUUUAGACUAACUACAUCUGCUGGAGUUCAACUAUACGAUUGCAACACCCUACAAGACUAUGCCAUCGCAAUGGGUGCAAAACUUCGUUUGGAUACAUGGGAUGGCUGGGUGGAAUACCUCCAAGGUUGCCUCCUUGGUCACAGAGCAACAGUCCAGAAUCAUUUAUCAGAGGAGAGACUUGUUAUGAGGUUUCAACUGCGGGUAGCACUCUACAUUGCGGCAUUUUUUGGCCACUUGGAGCUAGCAGAUUGGUUAUUGCGUAGAGGUGCACACGCUUAUGAGCCAGUCGGGGUCCAUCCAUGCCGCCAGUGGUGCCACCAGACUGCCCACAAAAACACGAGAAGAUGCCCCAUCCAUGUAGCUGCAGAGAACAAUCAGCUCCUCAUCCUCAAGCUAUUUGUCACCAAGAAUGCUAUGACUUUAGCAUGUUGGGAUGCGGAUGGACUGGACCCUUUGAAAAUUGCUAUUCGACAUAGACACAGAGAGUGUGUGUACUAUCUAGCAGAAAAGCUAUGUUCGGUGGUGUCCCUGGUAAAUGGUUCCCUGCCAAUGCGAAUCUACCUUCAGAUGAGGCGUUGGCUACUCUCAGUGAAGCGAAGAAUGGCCUCAACUUGCUACCAGUAUUGCUUUAACGGCAAAGUGCUGUUGGUAGAUGGCUUCACUCAGCCAAACAUGUCCUCCAAACCAAAGAGAGCAGAAGCCGAACGAAGAAACAGAAACUUAGUUUUUUCCAACAACAGGGUGUUGCCACAUCUUCAAAGCAAGCUGCCCGUGAAACCUGCUGGCUUUAAUAAAGAGCUAACGAGGAAGCCAAAACACAGUGGUUUGGGUGACACCAAUGAAGAAGACAGUGGCCUAUCUAGCUGCCAAUAUUCACUCCCACCUCUGACCAGAAAACACAUUCCAUGGCAAGCAUUUGUUGGCACAUCACCAACCGUCUUCAACACGCCUAUGCACCCCGGAGGCCGAACAGCCAGAGAAAAUGCAAUAUACUUCUUGACAGUCUCUAGUGCCUUCACAGAGAAGCCUUGGUUGAAGCAGCUGAACAUCGCUCGAACACUUGCCAGGAAACACAUCCAAAGCAUGCCUUGA